AUGUCGGUGUUGCGUGAAAUGAUUGCGGCUGGUCCAGGAUGUGCGUUGGCCAACGGAAUGUUGAAUGGUCUGGAAACGACCAAAGUGAAAAUGCAGCUUCACAAUCAUGCUUCGCCAGUAUACCACAACCUUACGACACAAGGAGUUAUGAAGCAGAUCAUUCAGGAGGAAGGUAUCAUUAAUGGUUUACUAAAGCCUGGUCUCAGUGCGUCUCUGACAAGGUCGAUGCUGUAUGGUGCCUAUCGAGUUGGGUUGUAUUCCACCGCACGUGAUUACUUGGGUGGCGAUUCCCCGCGGUUAUCCCAUCGGAUCGUCAGCGGUAUGUUCACCGGAGGCCUGGGUGCAAUGUUGACAUGCCCGCUGGAUGUCAUUCGAACCCGCAUGCAAGCCGAUGCCGGUGUCAUUCGACGAGGGGUCUAUCAGACGGGACUUCGCACAGGAUUUCCAGUUCGGUAUGGGACUUUAUACUCCACAUUUGUGGCAAUUCUCCAAGGAGAGGGAUUGCGAAAUGGUUUGUACAGAGGUGCAUCUGUCACGAUCGCUCGUGCAUCGGUAUUGAAUGGUGCGCAACUGGCUAGCUACGAUAGUCUGAAGCAUGUUAUUCCAUUGCCAGAAGGUCCAUUCCUGCACAUUGUGUGUGCGUUUUCGAGCGGUGUCAUUGCGCAAUCCGUGGUCAUGCCAAUGGAUACAAUCAAAAGUAGUUUGAUGAUUGGAGAAUCUAGACAAAGAGUUGUGGAAGCAAUGAUGAAGAAUGGUGGUAUACGGUGGUUGUAUCGAGGCUAUUUGCCCGCAUGUGCUGGUCAAGGACUGAUCAUGGUGUUGCAAAUGCCACUCAUCGAACAAUUUCGAAAACUGCUAGGUGCACAGCCAAUUUAA